UCAGGCUGUACGUGUCAGCUCAGCAAUGGAAGAAUUUAAAAUCAACUACAGCGAAUUCCAUAAGGAUUUUACAAGAUUCACAGAGCAGCUUCCAUCAACAUUCAUGAAAGGAGUUCCAGCCGAUUUUGAAGUUAAGUUGAAACUUGUACCCACCUACCUUACUGUAAAGGAUCCUGAGUUUGCCAACGAAAAUUUGAAAGACAUCGUCAAACGCUGGUACUACUUGCAGGAGGUGAUCGAGAAGCUGCUGACGCUGAUGGUGCAGUUGGUCAAGUCGGCCAGCCGGGCUUGGUACCAGGGGCAGAAGGACAAACUGGAGUGGUGGAUGUUUCUGGUGCAGACGUCGGUGGAGUUGAUGAAGCGAGACCCUAGGAUGAACACUGCUGAUCUUGUGGUUAUAUCAUCUGGAAUAGGAGGCGUUAACUCUGGUACUAUUGACCAAUCAAGGAGCAUAGAAUUACAGAAAAUCAAGGUACAAGUAGACGAAUUCGUGAGAAUUUUGGAGUCAAUGAAAAAACCCGGCAGUUGAGACACGACCAAAGGUGUCUGUGACAGGUGUCUGUGACAGGUGUUUGUGACAGGUGCCUGUGACAGGUGUUUGUGACAGGUGUUUGUGACAGGUGCCUGUGACAGGUGUCUGUGACAGGUGCCUGUGACAGGUGUCUGUGACAGGUGCCUGUGACAGGUGUCUGUGACAGGUGUCUGUGACAGGUGCCUGUGACAGGUGUCUGUGACAGGUGCCUGUGACAGGUUUCUGUGACAGGUGUCUGUGACAGGUGUCUGUGACAGGUGCCUGUGACAGGUGUCUGUGACAGGUGCCUGUGACAGGUGUCUGUGACAGGUGUCUGUGACAGGUGUCUGUGACAGGUGUCUGUGACAGGUGCCUGUGACAGGUGUCUGUGACAGGUGCCUGUGACAGGUUUCUGUGACAGGUGUCUGUGACAGGUGUCUGUGACAGGUGCCUGUGACAGGUGUCUGUGACAGGUGCCUGUGACAGGUGUCUGUGACAGGUGUCUGUGACAGGUGCCUGUGACAGGUGUCUGUGACAGGUGUCUGUGACAGGUGUCUGUGACAGGUGCCUGUGACAGGUGCCUGUGACAGGUGUCUGUGACAGGUGUCUGUGACAGGUGUCUAUGACAGGUGUCUGUGACAGGUGCCUGUGACAGGUGCCUGUGACAGGUGUCUGUGACAGGUGCCUGUGACAGGUGUCUGUGACAGGUGUCUGUGACAGGUGUCUGUGACAUAUGUUUGUAAUUUAGUUUUUGGACAUCUGUAGGCCAUGUCUCAGACAUACGUCAAGGACAAUUGUCAGAUGCAUCCGUCACACUUGAAAAAAUCUCAGCAUUUUGCGUAUUUCUUUUUUACCAUUUUCAUUUAUCACAUCAUUUUUGUGUGCUUUUAGAAGAAUUAAAAUCAAAUUUGUAUAUUUGAUAAACAUUUGAUAAAAACGUAACGUUUUUUUAGAGUAUACUUGUAUUGCUUUACAAUUACAGUUAGCAUUAAAGACAUUAGCUUAGCUACCAUUUUAAAAUACUUGUUGAGACGAUCAAUGCACUACUGAUAACAAAAUCCGGUUAGAAUGUUGUAUUUGGUUUAAAAUGGGAAAUAACAUCAGUAGCAUACAGUAAUUGUUGCCGUGAGUCUUCACUAGUUUAGUAAACAAAAUGUUGCCAUAUAUUCCGAGCAUUCUCUCUGAUCAGAUUAGACAUAUAAUCAACACGUCCGGUCUUAAUGUAGAAUACGUCGCUUCGCUUGAGUGAGUAACACAAACAGUCGCUACACAGCUCUGCACAUAAUCUAGAGAAUCUUUGCUUCAAACAAACAUCGGCGUCACAGGCUAGUAAACACACACUUUAACAAACUAAAACAUGCCAUACGUUUCUUACACACAAGCAUACGCAUAUGUGCAUUAAUCUAAUCUACAAUCAUCAAUCACAUACACAAUUGCUAGUAAGUACAUAUAGCAUGCUCGCAUUGUCUAAGGCUAUUUAACUUAUUUUCUAGUUCUUAUUGCUUAUGUAUAGCAUAAAACGAUAUUAUUUUCAUACAAUUUCUGUGAUGUAAUAUGCAAUGAAUACAAGUGUCAUUUCCUAAAAUGUCACAUUUUAAUUUAAAUAAAUCUAGAUCUGUAGGUGUAGAUGCAAUUGUCGCCAGAGUCUUUACAUCAAAUAGAAAUUUGGAAGUAGAUCUAACGUUUUGUCGACAUUUUAAAUGACAUGUAUUUCAUUUCAGUUUUUGUAAAAUGUAUACGAACAAAGAUCUGUCAAUAAAGUUAAUAUAUUUUUAGUAAAA